GUAUAGUUUAUAUAUAGGAAGUGCAGUGAGUCGUGCACAUGAAUGUAAGACAUGUGUUACUGUCGAGUUGACAGUUUAAUUAAUUAAGUUAAGUAAAAACAUUAACUUCCUUCAGUGCACAUGAUAAUUACUAAUCUUUUGAGAUAUUAUAAAGUAAUUUAUUUUUCGUUUAAAUGUACGUUUCAUGAUGAUUUAAAAGAAACUUGUUUUUUAUUGACUCAACGCUUAGACACACCUGAAUUUUAAGGUUAAAAGAAUAAUCAGAUAGGGGGCAUCAUGUUAGAAAAUACCACUGCCGUACGACGAGUAAAGGAUUCAAUUCCUGUUAAUGGUGCUCAACAGAAUAUAGAAGAGAAACAAUUAUCUGCACCACUCUUAGAAGACCUGAAUAAUUUGAAUAAUGAAUUAUAUGUAGAUUCGGAUCAUUUAACUUUAUGGCAGCAUCCAAUUACUACAUUAAAUUACUUUCUCAGAGAACUUUUAAAUAAUAUAUUUAACUUAGGAAGAAAGGCAUUGCAUUAUAGAAGAACAGUAUGGUGUAUGGUUUCAAUAGUUAUAUUGUUUCUAGCAUUGAGCAGAAUAUCUGGUCCACAUCAACAGAUUUUAAAAGCAUGGGAAACAAAAAUGGUUUGGUGGUUGUAUUGGAUAGGUUUAGGUGUUCUUUCCAGUGUAGGUCUUGGUACAGGCUUACAUACUUUUGUACUUUAUUUAGGACCACAUAUAGCAGCAGUUACUAUGGCUGCAUAUGAAUGUGGUGCUCUUAAUUUUCCUGAACCACCAUAUCCUGAUCAAAUAAUAUGUCCAACAACAGUAGAUCCAAUGUGGACAGCAGGAGUAUUAAAUAUUAUGAGAAAAGUACGUAUAGAAGCUAUGCUUUGGGGUGCUGGUACUGCCCUUGGUGAACUACCACCAUAUUUCAUGGCUAGAGCUGCUAGAACUAGCAGAAAGAAUAGUAGAACUGAAAAAUUUGAUCAAGAAGAUUUAAAAGAAUUAGAAGCUCUAGAAGCUUUAGAAAAUGGAGAAAAUGUAUCAUUAUUAAUACAUAUAAAAUUAAUUAUGAAACGUUUUGUACAAAAAGCAGGUUUUUGGGGAAUUCUUGCCUGUGCUUCAAUUCCUAAUCCAUUAUUUGAUCUUGCUGGCUUGACUUGUGGUCAUUAUUUAAUUCCUUUUUGGACAUUUUUUGGAGCUACACUUAUAGGAAAAGCAAUUAUUAAAAUGCACAUUCAACAACUUGCAGUAAUUAUAGCUUUCAAUGAAGAACUUCUAGACAAAUUUAUAAAAUUGUUAGCAAUUGUGCCAUUUAUUGGUUCAAAAUUUCAAGGACCAUUAAAAAAAUAUCUUAUUGAACAGAAAAAAAAGUUACACGAUAAAACAUCAAUGGAUGGAGCAACAACAAUUUCAUGGUUGUUUGAUAAAUUUGUAAUUUUAAUGGUAUGUUACUUUUUAGUAACAAUUAUUCAUGAAUUGGCACGAAAUUAUCAUCGUAAGCGAACUAAACAUUGUAUUGAUUAAAAUUUAAUAAA